AUGAAAGAUAGACAUGAUGUAAGGAAUAUUAGCAAGGAUUCAAAUGGAGGACUGGAAAAUGUAGCCAUAUUGGUCAUAUAUAACUCUUCGAUGUUGGUAAGUAAAUCCUUAUACACACUAAGGAAGGAGAGCUUACCUGCUGGAACAACUUCACUCAGUUUCCAUACACGAUCUCACAUGCUGGGUCGUGAGAUUGACGUACUUGCAUCAUUUGUGCCUGAUGAAGUUAUAUACCAUAACAAGACUGGUUAUGUGGAUCAGUUUGAAACAGUGUUAAUGUUGGGUGAUAUCUCAGGCUUCACUAAUUUGUGUGAGAAGUACUCUAAAAUGGGACCGAGUGGACCUUCAUGCCUAACAGAUGUCUUAAAUUCUUACAUUGGUUCAAUGGUCCAAGAAACUCUUACUUAUGGUGGUGAUGUUUUUAAAUUUUCUGGGGAUGCUUUCUUAUCUAUAUGGAAACCAAAUGAGAGACAAGAUAUUCGUGAAAUAACGAAAAAAGUGGCCAGAUGUGCUUUUAGUAUACAGAAGACUCAUGGGCAGUUUGUGACAAGUGUGUCAAUUACUCUCAAAGUCAAACUGGCAAUCACAGCAGGUGAAAGUUUAUUUGCAAUCAUUGGAAAUGAUAACAUGAAGCACUAUAUGAUAGCAGGUGAACCUAUAUGGAAUAUUAGGCGAGCUGAAAGAAACUGGCUAUCAGGAGACAUUCUUGUAGAUUCCAAAGCAUGGAGCUACAUGAGGGCUGCUGAUUAUCUGUAUAAAACUGUGAACAAUGGACAAUUUGUGAAGAUUUUGGGAGUCCGAACAGAAGAUACAGAGGUGCACCCACACAAGUUCAUGAGUUCUUGUAUGUUUUGUCUCACUAUGGUAACAUCCAAUAAAACAUUCUCAGGUUGUAGUGCUUCAACAUAA